GUAAAAAAAACUAGAAGAGACCCACACGGCCACACCAUUCCCCACUCUCUCUCUCUCUGUCUUAUCUCAUUCGUCUAGAGAAGCUCGGCCACUGUUUUCCCCAAUCCACAACACUGCUCCGGCCGAGCGAAAUCCAGGUACACUGCGCUGCUCCGGCCAAAUGCACUCGCCCCGAACUGCUCUGGCGAUGCCCUCCCUCUAUAUCCCUGCCUCUCUGCGCGCUGCUUCUUAUCCAUCCCGGCCGUGCCCCAUGGAUUCUACCGGCAGCUGCAAGGGAUGGCCGGAGAGCGCACUACUGCGGGAGCCGAUCGAAUACGCCGCUGCUGCACCGCCACACGUCUCUGCUAGUAGCAGGGAGACGACGAACUACACAAGCAGCAGAGCAACGAGCGAGAUCGAUGAGCCUGACGACAACGGCAAGCUGGAGUCUCCCCCGACGAGCUCGACGAGGAAUAGGACGACGGCGAUGUCUCGGAGCAGCACGGUCGACCUCGGCGCCCUCCUGCCCGGCGUAGCCCCACUAGCAAAACCCAAGCCCUCUCUACGUGCUUGAAAAACCGAAGGAUGUCAAGAUCAGACUUUAGAUGGUCUUUCAAGUCACUGUUCAACCUCUCACUUAAUUGUGUGCUUCUCAUGCCUAUAGUGUAAGCAUUCCUCAUGUAACAUCUUGCCCAUUUCUCUU